AGAUCCAGAACGGCUGGCCCACCAUGGCUGAGAUGUCGUCUUCGUCGUCGCCGUCGUCGCGGGUCGGGCCUCUUUCUGCUCCUCUUUCUUCGUAAUUAUUCUUCUUCUCUUCUUCAACUUAUCCCUGUCCCUAGACUGUCAUACAAAACAACCCCGACAACCCUAUUCCGAGUCAGUCUGACCAGCUCAGUUGAUUUCCGAGACCAUCAUCCCAGGCCCCUCUAUUCAGACACUAUCAGUCACUCCCCGCGCCAUCAUGGAUAUGAGCAGUAUGGACUCCAGCUCCUCCUCCUCCUCCUCCAUGUCAAUGUCCAUGGUCUUCACCAACAGCCAUGCCACCCCGCUCUUCUCCUCCCAAUGGACCCCCUCCUCCAGCGGCGCCUAUGCCGGCACCUGCAUCUUCCUGAUCAUUCUCGCCAUCAUCGGCCGUCUGCUUGUCGCCUUCAAGGCCAUCAUGGAGCAACGCUGGCUCAGCGCCCACUUGAACCGACGCUACGUCGUCGUGGCCGGCAAGUCCACCGAAGCGGGCCGCAUCGACGCCGACCCAGACGCCAAGGGAGCCACGCUCAUCACUGCCCAGGGCGUCGAGGAGAGCGUCCGCGUUGUGCGCCGCACUGCGCGUGAACCUCUGCCCUGGCGCUUCAGCGUGGAUCUCCCGCGGGCAUUGAUCUAUCUCGUCAUCACGGGGGUGUCGUAUCUUCUCAUGUUGGCCGUCAUGACGAUGAAUGUGGGCUACUUCUGCUCGGUUCUGGCGGGGGCCUUUCUCGGAGAUCUGGCCGUUGGCCGGUAUAUUCAGUGGAAUGAACACGAUCACUAGCCUUUCGAUGUUUGUGUUAAAAGCCCUUUUUUUGGUUGUUAUUAUUUUGUCUUUUUGGUCUGAAUGGGCGUUAUAUUCGGCAUUUGCAGCCUUAGCACGGUUUCAUGGUUUCGAGAUACCUUUGGGAACGAACCCUUUACGAUUUGAUUUGAUGACAGGCAUAGCUGGCGCUCUAUGCCCCGUGUUCUGUUUGAGUUGUUGGAAGGGUGUGGUUGUACUGAGUACACAUAGACUACGAAG